AUGCACGUCGCCUGCAGCACUGUAGGCUGUCCUAAGAUUAACUCAGAUAACCAAAUUGUUGUUAGCAACACAACUACUCUAUCUUUGGAAAAUCAUGUCACAGGGGAUGUGGCCACAGCCCAGCACCCAGGAUAUAGUUUUGCGUACAGGCACAUCAUGCCAAUAGUGCACUACCGUUGGUUCCCAUUGGGAACAAAUUACCUGGCUACUGAGUUAUUAGUGACUCUUCUUGGUCCGGACACUUGCUACUUUGCAGCUUUGGAACUCAAUGGACCCCAACUGGCAGAAAGCAGGAUAUUGGAAGAGUUAAAGUUGUGUGAAGGCAGAGCUGAAGUAAUGGAGUCAUAUCAGCAAACUGUAAAAGAGAGGUGUGCCCUUAUUAAGGAUAUGCACAUGAAUUGGUCAAGUGCUAGAGUGCUUUCUGAUUCAAUGGAGAAGAUCCCUAACAAUGAGCUUAUAUCAUCGAUUGGAAGAUUUCAGAAUUACAUUGUCUUCUGUGAUACAGGGGGCAUUCAUCUGGUCAAUUUCAAGAGCAUGUACAUCAAGUAG